AUGAUCUGGUUAUUCAAUCAUCAAGUGGUUUUCUUAUUCUGGUCGCGAUCCGGACGUCUCCAUCAGUAUCUUUUCCUCGCCAUAAUGGCUGGACGCAUCCUUUGCGUAAUGGUUACAUUAAUGACUCGUUGGUGGCAACGUCCAAGAUACGUUCGUCUAGUCAAUGAUUUUCAACGCCUUGCACACAAAAAGCCACAAGUCAUGAAAUUGUGGAAACGCGGAGUUAUUUCUAAAGUCGUGAGCAUCAUACUGUCGGAGUUAUUUCAAAUGUUAAUCAACUUCGUUAUAAUUUACGAAUCUCUUACACUUCAAAUGAGUUUCACCAUCGUAGCUAUUUCAUCAAUUACAGCUCAAGUCAAUGUUAUAGUUUCACAGUAUUACUUCGGUCUAUUAAAUAUCCACGGCCAUUACAUUCUUAUCAACGAAGAACUUCGCAUAUUGCUGGACGAGAUACGUUCCUUGGAAACUGAACGUCGCAAAGGAGUUUUCACAAUUAAAUGCUGUGAACUUGCUGAUCAAUUGGAUGCUAUUGCUGAAAUACAAUUUCAGCUCCAAGCACUGGUCAAGCAAAUAACGAGCAUAUUCGGGCUACAGAUUAUUACGAUGAGCACAAGUUAUUACAUGUCCUCAGUAGCACUUGUCUACUUUUGUUUCAUCGAGCUACGAUCUGCUGAAGUAACUCGCAUGUUGCCUUUCUGGGGAAGAGUUCUGAUCGUACUUGAAUUUGUAUGUUAUUUCACAGACAUUCAUAUUACCGUUCACAUUACAUAUGCCAUUCACGAAGUGCAUGCAACGUUGGUGAAACUGCUCUCUAAUCACACGGUGUUUGGUCACGGAUUGGAUGAGCGAUUGGAAGUAACUCUUAAGAACUUUCAAAUACAACUGGCAUGCAAUCCAAUGAAGAUCGUAGUUCUAGGAAUGUAUGAAUUAAAGAAAUCCAGAGCCAUUGCAACGGUCAGCUCAGUAGUUUCUAGUUCCAUGGUUUUAGUUCAAUAUAAUUUAAAAAAUUUCUAA